AAUAUUGAAACAUUUGAGGUUAUAAGAAAAUGAUACGAGUCAAAUAUGUUAAUGCAAGGUAUUUAAGUAUAUAUUCUUAAUUUGAUUUGAUGUUAUGAUAUUAUUGUCAUUUUUAUGAUGUACAUGAAAAGGAAGUAAACUAUAAAUAGUUAGACAUUGAAACGUUAAGUGUAUGUCAACAGAGAUAUUUGAUAAAUGUUUGCACACAUAUUUUAUAACACCCUGUGCAAAUAUCCAUGGAAUAUUGCAUCCUGAUUAAAAACUCAUUUACCUAGAAAACGUGAAGUAAUGUGUACCCAAAUAAGUCAAUGUGUUUGUGCAUAUAGUAAAAAAUGAAUGCGUACGUAAAAAUGACCACAAGUCAUUUAACUAUAGAUUCUGACCAACAACGAGUAAAACUUGCCGUUCUGGGUGCCCCGGGGGUCGGAAAAACAUCCAUUGUUCGACAGUUUGUGUCUAAUAUGUUUGUAGAGGAGUAUACACCGACCGACAUUAAACAAGUAUUUUACCCGUCAGUGAUAAUCAACGAACAUUUAUACGAGCUAAAAAUAAUUGACUGCCCGUAUAUUCCUUAUUUUCCGGUAAGUUCCCUUUACGAGUGGACGGAUUAUAGAGGAUAUGGUCUUCGGAACGCUUCUGCUUAUAUCUUGGUUUAUGACAUUACAGCGGAAGAGAGUUUUCAUUAUAUCAAAAACUUACGGGAACAAAUUCUAGAAAGUCGCGAUAUGCACGACAUUCCACUGUUUGUCGUCGGCAACAAAUAUGACCUGUCGGAAGAGCGUGGAAUAUCUCGUCGGGAGGUCGCCAGUUUAGUAAAGAAACAUUGGAAAUGUGGUUAUAUUGAAUGCUCAGCUAAAUACAACUGGCAUGUGAUAUUAUUAUUCAAAGAGCUUAUGAAAACGAUUGAUUACAUAGACUAUGGGCAUAAACCGACGUCGUUACGAGUGCAAGAUGCUCUUAGAAAUAACCGAUGCGUCAUUUUGUGAUAUUGAUUGUUUUAUUAUAGCCCAUUUUCAAAGAUCUUCCAGUUUUAUUGAGUAAAUAACGAUACAAAUUAUGUCAAAAUGAUGAUCAAGCGUAACAUUUAUGACGUAAUUAAUAUUGCAAAUUGUGUCCAGAGAUGAUCAAGUAUAAUAGAUAUGACGUUAUUAAUAUUGCAAAGAUUGACUGAGUACCAGUAUUUAAGUAUAUAUUUGUGUGCAAUAAAUGUUUACUAUAACGUUCUUGAUUUUACUAUUGAUGACAAUUGUCUUUGAUGAAAUGAUCAGCAAUUGGCCACUUAUCAAACGCACUUGUUCGUCAUGCAACGCUCAGUAUUUUGAUUGUUUCAUUUCUAUUUUUGUACAUUGUUUAAUUGUGUAGAAAGAUCCGUAUAAUAUAUAAAUAACAUAGAAUGAUUGUUUAGAUAAUUAUAAAACGUGUCCAUAGUGAAUGUCAAUAGUGAAUGUAGAAAUAUCUUUUUAAUUACAUGUAGAAAAUAUAAUUAUAAAAUUGUAUCAUAACAAUGCCAUCACCAAUAAGCGUGCAGUGGUGUCUGUUAUAAGGUGUGGUCAUCACUAAAAUAAUUGACCAUAUAUGGUUAAUGGUGAAGUGUAGAACUGUGAACUCCUGUACAAAAAGAGGUGUGUAAAUUAUGGGCGUAUAAAUAAUGGACAUAUAAAUAAUGAAUGUAGAAAUAUGUUUAUAAGAUAAUCAUACCGUUUCAAAUAAAUGUGUUAAUUAUUGGGUAAAUUGUCUUUUUGUUACAAUAAAACGAUAUGA